UCUCUCAGUGGAGAGAUGGCCAAGGGGAAAGCAAAAGGGAAGAAGGUCACCUUGAAAAUUGCAAAAAAUUCCAUCCGGAUAUCGUUUGACGGAGGGCGUCGUCUUGACUUAAGCAAGAUGGGUAUCACUACCUUCCCCACAUGCAUUCUGAAACUGGCUGACAUUGAUGAACUUGAUUUGAGCAGAAACAUGUUAAAAAAGAUUCCAAGCAGCAUCCAGAAGUUCCAGAAACUGCGCUGGCUGGACCUGCAUAGUAAUCAGCUCGAGGAGCUACCAGAGACAAUAGGUACACUUCAGAACCUUUUCUACCUGAAUAUAUGCAACAACAAGCUGACCACCAGAAAUCUGCCGGAAGAGUUGAACCUUCUCAAGAACCUACGUAUUCUCAAUCUUGGCCUGAACUGUCUCGACAGUAUUCCCACCAGUCUUGGGGCCCUGAAGGAACUUAAGGAGAUAGGUCUCUUUGACAAUGCCUUGACCACCAUCCCAAACAGUGUGAAAAAGCUCCCCAAGCUCAAGAAACUGAAUGCACAAAGAAACCCUCUCCCAGAUUCAACAAAUCAAGAAGAGCGCACAGACUCCAUCAAACGCAUAGAAACACUUUACUUAGUACAGAAGAAAGACCUGUGCGCUUCCUGCCUGAAGAUGUGUCAGGAUGAGAGGGACAAGCUGAACAAGUUAGAGAACAUGACACCCAGCCCCUCAAAGAAGCCAAGUUUCCCUUUACUCCUUACACCCAAUUCCUCUGCAAAGGGUAACCAAGAAGAAUGGAGGUUAAGAGGCGAACAUGCCUGAAAAAUACCAAGGCACUCCACAGACCAUGUGCCACGAAAUCCAGCCCAAGCUAAUAAAAAGCUGACCUCCUUCCUCCUCCCUUUUCCUGCAGUUUUCUUACUUUAAAGAUCUACUCUGUUUUAGAGACCACACAGACCUGCUGCUUCUAAAACUAAGUCCAAAACAACUAAAACAGAUGUAUAUUUGGGAAAAGAAGGACUAUUUUCUCCCAGGCCUCUUCCUACAGCAUGUUCUUCAUGUUUGGGUUUGUUUGGUUUUUUUGCUUUUUUU